AAGAUCCAAGAGUUUCUGGGGUUACAAUAUCCAACUGAGCGCACGAAGAAAUGGCUCACGAGUUUGAAGCUUGUGCAGAAUGCACUCACAGGUGCCAGCUGGCUCAUGGGAAAAAGAAAAGCGGUUCCCAUAUUGCCAACUCUUUUUUCAAAAUCAUGAUUGGAAAACAGUUUUCUAAAUUUAUGGAGUUGCCUCCAAAAGUGGCUCGCAUUGUGUUAUUGUCUGAUCGGAAAACUUUUCUUGAAGAUUUAACCAGACAGCGGUGGAACGUUGCAAUAUCUACUGUUAAUGGUUCCUUGGCCUUUCAACAAGGAUGGAAUGCUUUUGCAUUAGACCAUGACUUGCAAGUAGGAGAUUUUCUGGUCUUCAAUUACGUUGUGGGAUCACAUUUUACUGUUAAGAUUUAUGACAAUUCUGGGUGUGAACUGAAUCUUUUCGAAACCAUACAUCAGCACAACAUAAAUAGGGAUCAGUGCCACACAUUUGUUAAAAGUACAGCGAGCAAAUCCGGUUUAGUCACCUUUGCUGGUCCAGAUGCAGAAAUAAGUAAAUGCUUGAAUGAACUGAAUGGCAUGAACAAGCCUCUGAUUAUCACAGAAUAUGCUUCAACUCAUGAUGAUGAUAAUGAGAGGUCAAAGGGCAAGCGCAAAGCAGAAUUUGCUGAAGACAUGUCAUGUAUGAUGAAAAGAGAUUAUGGAAACCAACCAGAAGAGAACAGAGCCCAUAUUCUCGAUUUGUCUAGUGUUGAAUCGUUCAAAAAGAUAAGAACCUGUGGCAGUGAUGGAACUAAAGUUUCUGUAGUGAAUGAAACACAUUCAUAUUGUGCUGAUUUAUCACUCAAAUUGAGAAGUGAAGCUGACUCGGUAAAAAUCCCAGUGGCUAAAGAGGUACCGAAUAGAGUAAUUCCUUUGGAUGCUGCUGAGCUUGAAAGGACUGAGAAAAAUAACUAUUCUGAAUCCAAGGUAAAGGGGGCAUCCCUGUCUGAUAAAGAUUCAUCCACCAAUGUGACCUCGGGACAUCUAUUUCCAACUCUUCCUGAUAACAAUCAACAAAAUGAUAUCUUCUCUGGUACUUUGAUUAUAGCAGCCCAGAAAUGCCAUUCUGCUAAUGCAUCAGGUAAUGAUCAUCAGGUAGCUGUAUCAGGACAAGAAAAUGAUUUGAUGGAUGACACUUGUCAAAGUGCCAACAAGAAUAUUACAAUUAGUGGAAUUUCAAAGUCUUGUGAUACAGCGAUGGAGGUCAUUGAAAUUGAGCCUUUGGAGUUGACUUCACAUCCAUGCAGUAAGGAGGUCAUUCCAGAAAAUGAUGCGAUGAUCAUUACUGAAAAAGAGUUUAAGGAGUUUAGUUCAGAUCCAUGCAGUCAGGAGGUCAUUCCAGAAAGAAAGGAUGAAACUACAAGAGCCAUUGAAAAUGUUAUUGUGGACUUAACUUCAGAUGAAUGCAGAAAGCAGGUCAUUGAAAAAGAGGAAUCACCAGAUGUUUCAGCCAAGGUGGAUAAUCAGAGUUCUAAUAGCCAACGAAGAGAUAUUCCUUCAGAUCAAGCUGAGUUUGAAAGGACUGAGGAACAUAACAAGUCUGAAGCCAAGGUCAAUAAAGUACCGUCUGAUAAAGAUUCAUGCACUGAGACCUCUGGGCAUCCCUUCCCAACACACUCCCAAACUCCUGAAGAAAAUGGAGAGACCAUCACUGAUACUUCAAAGCCCACCUCUGAUAAUUCAAAGAAACCAACAAAAGAAUGCCAGAAUGCUGAUGGAUCAGAAUUAUUAUUAAGCAAUGAUCAGGUGACACUAGUACAGAUGGAACCUAAUUUGAUGGAUGACAGCGUCCCAAGAGACAACAAGGAAUUGACUGGAAUUUCAGAGUCAAUUCAUGAUCCCAUUACUUUUGAAAGCCAAAAUCUCUACGAUACGAUCAUCAACGAGAAAGAGUCUCUUGAGGCGACUUGUCAAGAGGCCAUUCCACAAAGAAAGGAUACGAUCAUCAUUGAAAGCGAGACUGUUGAGGUGACUUUAGAACCAUGCAGUCAGGAGGUCAUUCCAGAAAUAAAGGAAACAAUCAUCAUUGAAGAUGGGUCUGCUGAAGUGACUUUAGAUCCAAGCUGUCAGGAGACCAUUCCAGAAAGAGAGAGGGAAUCAUUAAUGAGUUUCAAUAGGUCAUACAGAAAGCGUGCUGAUACUAAAAUAAGAACAGCUUCUUCAGAUGCAUCUGACCUUGAAAGGACUGAGGAAAGUAAUUAUUCUGAUGUUAAGGUCCGAAAGGUAUCAACUUCUGAUGAAGUACCACACACCAACCAGACCUCUUGUCAUCUCAACCCAAUAUGUCCUGUAAAUGUUGAAGAAGAUACAACAAGCAUUGCUAAGAUUUCAAAUGAAGGUUUAAACAAACUCAAGACUGCUGAUAGAUCAGUCAUUUCAGGCAAUGUUCAGGUGGCUGUAUCCCAAAAGGAAAACGUUGUAAUUGAUGACAGCUGCCAACAAAAGAGAUUUACUGGAGUUUCAAAGGUGUUUGAAGUUCCGGUUCCUUUUGGAUCCCAAGAUUAUUCAGCACAACCAUCGAAGAUUUCUAACAAGUUGCAGAGCCAGAGUAAUUUUGCCAGAGAAAAUGAGACCACUCUUCCCGUGGUAAAAUCUGAACCUGUUGAAGAUGCAGUUGCAACCUUCCCAAGUUUCACGAUUUCCUGUUUGGCAACAGACCGUCAAUCUUAUCUCGAGUUGCCAAAGAGCUUGCCAGUAUCCUUGAAAGCCACGAACGGAAGGUCUAAAAUGGAUAGGAGGGUAGUUUAUCUUCAAGGUCCCGAUAACAGAUUGUGGCCAGUUCUCUACAUUCAGAAAUUUUUCUUCAGAACUUUGGCAAAUGGGUGGGAAGCUUUCAGCAUGGCAAAUAAUAUUGAAAAAGGAGAUCGAUGUACCAUUGCGGUCAUAGAUCAAACUAAAGGCAUAUGUUCUGUGAACGUAGUAAAGAUGAGAGAUGAUAUGGAAUUCUAUGAAGAGUGGGAGCAGCAGCCUUUAAUCAACCUGUCAUAA